AUGCGCCAUGCGCGUAUAUUUUCAAAAACGAUUUCAGCACAGAAGGAACGUAAUAUGGGUGACGCGUAUGGAACAGAUACCUCAAGUAAAUCCACAACGCGUUUUCGAUUUGACGCCUUCCUCCUGAAAAUUCUCAUCUCAAUAAUAAGCCCCGUGACACAGAAGAGACAGUCUAAGGAUGUCCUAAAUGCAAAAUUGAGCCAAGAAACUACUAAGCCAGUGCCCGCGCCGGUAUUAUUCAACAAGCUUCUGAUAGCAUACAUAUCUUUACAGAUACAUCUUCUCGAUCUGAACUUCGAUAUAGUAGCGAAAACCAUAUUGAAGAGCUCCUCGAAUCCCAUUCCAAGUAUA